GAAUAAUCUCCUCAUUCUCUAAAUGUGGAUUGUUAUUGCACAAAAAAGCUUUUGUGAAACAUUACCAUUCAUUGCCAAGAACAUGGCUGUCGAGCUGAAAGAAUACACAUGAUCGGCUUGCCUAAAAUCAUACUUCGGUAAGGGGAAACAGGAUUUUAGAGGCGUAAAAUCUUUCUGAAAUUAUGCAGGUACGAUGUUGAUAUUCGACCUGUCGCACAGGAAGUUCAGACACUGAAUGGCAUAUCGACUGUUCUAUCGUUCAAUUUGUCCACAGUAAAUCAGCCCUCUAUGAUCUAUUACCUCGCAGUUUUUGGAGCCAAUAUUAUCAUGCGGAGAAGUAAGAAGAAGGAAUUGUUAUUUCCUUGCGUAUAUAUUGUGCUCUCUCCGGUCUUUCUGUCCCCCUUCAUCUUUUCACUAUCGUCACUCGUUUCUCCUUCAGUCACUCUUUAUCAAACACACUCGUUUUUAAACGUUUUCACAUAUAAAUUCUCUUAAUAUAUUCCAACUACCUAACCCUUACCAUAAUGAAGUUUGCCACUGGUGGCCUAUUGGCUAGUCUUACUGCUUCUGUUCUUGCAGAAGACCUACUUUUUGUGGAUAAUUUCGAGUUCAAAGAGUUUGCGGAGGCAACAUCUGUCCUUGGAUACACUACCAAGGUGGUUAGCGAAGCACAAUGGAAAACGAUGACAACAGCCGAGUUUGCCGCUUUCAAAGCGAUUGUCAUUGCCGAUCCAGAUUGUUCAACGUCACCAAGCGAUGUUCAAUUCUUGACUGAUACCAAGAACACUUGGGGGCCAGCAGUCCAAGGGAACAUAGUUAUUAUCGGCACGGAUCCUACCUUUCACUUCUCAGCUCAACCUGGUGCCAAAGUUCUAAUUGAUAACUCCAUCAAAUUCGCAGCAUCUGCGAAGAGUCUUGCUGGUACUCAACAGACUGGUCUCUACUACGCGUUGUCUUGUUAUUAUAGUAAUGUGGAUUCUGCGAAAGUAGAAUCGCUCUCUUACUUUGGAGACUUCACUGUUCGAGGAAAUCUUGCUUGUUACGACAAAGCUCACAUUGUUGCAUCCUCACCUGCUCUCGGAACUCUUAAUGAUGCUGCACUAUCCAGUUGGUCUUGUAGUGUUCAUGAAGCCUUCUCCAGCUAUCCAUCGGUCGGAAUCAAUGGAUUCCAGGCUCUUGCUAUUGCUCAAGAUGUUAUUGGUGUCGGAUCGCAAACUUUCGGUGACAAGACAAUUGGACUACCAUAUAUCAUCAGUCGUGGUGCGACCCCAGCUGGAUGUGGCGAUGGAAAAUGGGAUGCAUCAUUGAACGAAGAGUGUGAUGAUGGAAACACUGUUUCUGGUGAUGGGUGCUCUGCAAGUUGCAAAUGUGAAUCUGGUCGCCCAACUGGUGAUGGACAUUGUCUUCCGGCUUUGGCACCAAACACAACAACUCCUGUUUAUACUCCAUCGCAUUCUGCCACUCUUCCACCCCAUAUACCAUCAGGAUCUAGUGGAGUUCCUGUACCAUAUGGCAACAAAACUAUCAUUUCAACUAUUGAUCAUAACAGGACUGUCACUGCUACCAUUCAUGAUAUCUCAACUGUUACCACAACUUUCAUUCCUCCUCCAUAUGUAACUCCGGCAUGCCCAACAGGAGACAAGAUAGUUGGUGUUGAAAUUGUUGUCUAUGUUUCCAUCAUUGAAUCAUGUCAUACUAUUGGAGACAAGACUGUUACUUCAUAUAUCACAAGUGAUUGCUCCACUGAACAGAAGCCGAUUUGGAGUACAUCAACUGUAGGAUAUCCUUGCUACGCAUGUGCCUUAUCUAGUGCCGGUGUCCCCUGCCCAACGGGUGGGUUCAUCACAGCCACUACAACAUCAUGCCACGAAACUGCAGUCCCAACUUCAUACACUUGGACUCCGGUUCCACCUACCAUUCUCCCAUGCAAGACGUGUCUUCCAUACACCAUGCCAACAUGUCCAGUAUAUAGCACACUUCCACCGUCAUCUAUCUACGUUAUCCCGGUCCCAACUCUUGGAACUCACUCCGAACCAGUUAGUCGUGUCCCUGAGACUUCUAUCUAUGUACCUGCUCCAUCUCCAGUUACAUAUACCACUUCUAUCUACGGAGUUGGUGUCACAACUUAUAUCACUUACCCAGCUGGCCCAACCGCAACUGCAAUUGUCUCAGAAGUCGAAGGUGUCAUUACUACAAUCAUCACAUAUAUUGCUCCGACACCAGCCCCAACACACGCCACAACUAUAGUCCCUGUUUGCCCACCUGGUGGAUGUAAGCCAGUGCCUUCUACUGUUGUUCCGGUAGGGCCUGUCGGAACCACUUCAAUCUUGGGUCAUUCCACUUAUGUACCAUUCACAGGGGCAGCUGCCCGUAUUGUCAAUGUCAAUGUGGCGAUGAUGGUGGGUGUUGUAGGUGGUAUUUUUGGAUUAGUGAUCGUUUUGUAGAUUGGACAUUUGAAGGAUGUGAAUUGGAAUUUUGAAUGAUUAAUGUUGUGAAUGGAUUGGAUAGGAAGGCGUCUGGUAAUUUUCGAUGGAUUUGGAAGGUACAUGGCAUGAAGAGAAGCAAACUACCUUGUGCAAAUGACUUCAGGGAGAGACGUAUUUAUUCAUUUCGUACCGACUUGCGAAGGUCUUCCGCUUUCUGUUUCUUGAGAGAAGAAGGGGGGCCAUUGCAGUUGGUUUACUUAUCUUUUUUAUGGACGAUUUUUGACUUUAGUGGGUGGAAUGGAUAGGUAAUAGAUAUACAUCGUUCAUUAAUUCAAUAGUGAGGUGUUGGGAAAUGAAGAGCA